ACGGGACCACACUUAAGUAAACAAUUGAUCGUAUUGAGAGCCUGACAUCAGCACAAAGCUCUGAUCAUUUCACUCCCCUGGCCUUUAUGCUUGGAGUGAUGUGAAAACCUAAAUGUUUGCCAGCAAGGCAUUGGUGUUCGAGAGGACCUGACAACUGAAGUGGCUGUGACUGUCAGUUAAGUGGUCGCGAGUCGUUGAGACAUCACCUCCCUCGAAGCCUGUAAAGGGGCCAAAACAAGAUCCAUAUCCAAAGCUCAGGCAGUUUCACAGGAUGGGCACAGCUCGGGGGUACAUUUCCAAGCAAUGGGUGCUGGCAGCGACGUCGCUGCUAUGGAUCUUCUGCCUGUCUCUUUCAGUGGGAGCGAAGAAGGGGCCCGACAAUCCCAAGUGUCCUGCAUCCUGCUCCUGCACCAAAGACAGCGCAUUUUGCAUGGCAUCAAAAUCCAUCCCACAGGCAUUGGCUGAGAACCUGAUCUCCUUAACUUUUGUGAAUGCAAAAUUCAGGCGUAUUUCUGAAUAUGCCUUCGCUCACCUCCCAGCACUCCAGUUCCUCUUGUUGAAUUCAAACACCUUCAGCAUGAUUGGAGAUGAUGCAUUCAAUGGUUUAUCUCAUCUCCAGUACCUAUUCAUAGAGAACAACAACAUCCAAUCACUCUCCAAAUACACAUUCCGAGGCCUCAAGUCUCUCAACCAUCUAUCCCUGGGAAACAACAAUCUGCGAACUCUUCCCAGAGACAUCUUCAUGGAUCUUCAUGUCUUGACACAUUUGGAUCUCCGUGGGAAUGCUUUCCAUUGUGACUGUAAAGUGAAAUGGCUGAUAGAAUGGCUACAGGUGACCAACACAUCAGUCCCUCCAGUGCACUGCACCAGCCCGAGCAAAUAUCAGAAAGUCAGGGUCAAUGACCUGCCAAUCAAGGACUUUGACUGCAUCAGGACAGAAUUCAGCGUUUAUCAAACCCUGCCCUUCCAGGCUGUCUCCGUUGAGUCAUUUGUGUAUGCUGAUGACCUCUUUGUAACAUUUGCCCAGGCUAAUAAUGGGAACUGCACUUUCUUCAUGUGGGACCAUGUUGAAAUGGUCUUCAGGAUAUCGGAGAAUAUAUCUGCUCACGCCGCUGUGUACUGUAAGCCACUGGUGAUCGAGGGGCAGCUGUAUGUUGUCUUGGCGCAGUUGUUCCGAGGAUCCCACAUCUACCGGUGGGACAGCUAUGGGGGCACGUUUGUCAAGAUCCAGGAUAUCGACACCGCCAAGACCCGCAAGCCCAACGACAUUGAGACCUUCAUUCUCGACGGGGAGUGGUACUUUGUGAUCGUGGACAGUUCGAAGGCCGGCUCCACCACUGUUUACAAGUGGAACAAAGUGGGGUUUUACUCUCACCACUCCCUGCACCCCUGGCAUCGGGACACAGACGCCGAGUACAUCGAGACGGACAACAAGCCCAAGCUGAUCCUGGCCAGCAGCACUCAAACACCGGUCAUCUACCAGUGGAACAAGGUGCAGCGGCGGUUCACCUACCUCACCGAAAUCCCCGACAUGUUGGACGUGCACACCGUGAAACAUUUCCAGUUCCAGAAGGCCGUGUACCUCUGCCUGGUCCGGUUCAUCGGUGACUCCAAGCUGGUGAGGUGGGAGGGCCAGCGCUUCGCCGAGAUCCAGGCCCUGCCCUCGAGGGGCUCGAUGAUUGCCGAGCCCUUCCGCGUGGCACAAUGGCAGUACAUGGUGCUGGGAAGCGAUUUCUCUUUCUCUCAUGUUUAUCUCUGGGAUGUCGAGAAGCGGGUCUUUGGCCGCUUCGAGGACUGGAGCGUGCGUGCGGCCCGGCGUUUUCAGAUGGUGUCCAUCGACGGCAUGCACUUGGUGCUGGCUCCCAGCUUCAAAGGGAACACUAUCAUAUACAAGCACAUGGUGAUCGACACCAGUGCUUAGUGGCGUCACCCAACAGAGUGGCAGCGCCGCCCGUUCGAUUGCCACCUUUCCCGGAGAGGCAUCCCUCAGCUUCCCACACUAAUAUGACUUGCAUUAGAUGUCGAUUUGUCCUUACUUAAUCCGAAACUUAGCAAGGCUAAUCAAGUUUGCAAUGAAGCCCCUUCAUAGGAAAAGCAAAUGAUCAGAAUUUACCGAAUCCUGACAAUUCAGGAAGAGGAAAGCUUCUAUUGGACUGUUAGUCGCCUUCUAAUACUCACACGCCUCGCCUCCAGCGCUGAAUUUAUCGAGCAAUUUUCCACACUUGUUGUUAAUCCCGCAUCACUGUUUGCUUCGGAUGGAAUGGGAUCACUCCCCACCACCCCCCACCAAACAUUCGUCCUGACAAAUUGAGACAGUGGUCCGGUGCCCACCCACCCUGUGGGUUCUGUCUGCCUGCGCUGCUCGACUGGAGACGGUCUGAAAAGAAUUGGACGGCGGGAGGGGGCUAGCAGAAUCCUCUGGGAACGUCUGAGUGUGUCUCCACCCCUCCCAUUAGGUAUUCCCAUUCGAUACACCAGGAACCAUCCUCCGAAAGAGAUUUCGCCUUGUGGCGCUGUUCUUUCAAAAGUCCCCAGGAAUGUGGAAGGCGCUAUGUACACACAGACUUCUGUUUUGUUUUCGGCUCGUUCUAAUUUUCCAUCGGCUUGUUACUUUUGGUCUUUGAGGUAAUUGUGCUUUGUCGUAGUUUUACUUGAUUCAGAUGACUUUGCUGCGUUUGUUCAUGUUUUGAUAAAUAUCAUGACCUGCAGAUAUUUUCACGGUGCGCCCAUCAGUCUCAGUGAAGUGACCUGUCAGUUUCUGGUCCUGACCUUGUUCCCACCUAUGCUUUCCGAGUUCUGUGGAAUUUGACUCCCGUUGUCAUUGAUUGACUUGUCGGUUUUGUUUGAAGUAUUUCAGAAAUCCUUCUUUCGUGACUCCGAACAUGCCCUGAAUGAGGUCUGACUGAGAGAUGUAUAAAACAAGCAAUUUCUGUGUUUCAGAAGGGAAAACAGAAAGCACUCGGAGAAACUCAGCAGGUCGGGCAGCAUUGGUGGUGAAGAAACUGGAGCAAAUGUUUCAAGGGAUUCAGGUACAUAAUUCUUUGAAGUUUACGUCACGGU